AUGUUCGAUUGGAUGAAGCGUGACCAGGGCACUUUCCGCCCAAACAAGAAGGUUGGCCCAGAGUCUAGAAGCUACCGUCUUCAGCAAAUUUCACAGGCCACAUUAGGUGCUGGCGAUCUCAAGACAGCUGUUAAGCUCCCAGAAGGCGAGAACCUUAACGACUGGCUUGCUAUGAAUGUUGUCGAAUUCUACAAUCAAAUCAACUGCCUCUACUCACCAAUUGUUGAGCACUGCACACCAACAUCAUGCCCAGAAAUGACUGCAGGAUCCCAAUACAAGUACGCCUGGCAGGAUGGCAAGAAGUUCAAGAAGCCAACAGAACUUCCAGCCCCAGAAUACAUUUCUAACCUCAUGCAAUGGGCAGAGUCCAUCAUUGAUGAUGAAAAGAUCUUCCCAUCAGAUCCAUCUGUUCCAUUCCCAAAGGACUUCCGCUCCCAGGUUUCCAAGAUCUUCGCUCGUCUCUUCAGAAUCUACGCUCACAUCUACUACCAUCACCUCGAUCACGUUAAGGCUGUCGGCGCUGAGGCUCACUUAAACACAUCCUUCCGCCACUUCAUUCUCUUCUCAAAGGAGUUCGAUUUAAUCCCAGAAGAUCAGCUCGCUCCACUUAAGGAUCUUAUUGCUCAGAUCGCCUAA